CACUCCUGCUGCAGUGCGCUGAGGGAAGUGGCGGCGUUGGGGAGUUUGUGGGGGCCGUGAUGGGAAGUCUCACCGGCAUGCGCACUGCGUGUUGCUGCUGGCGGGGUUUGAAGGGGCUGGGCGGGGGAGACGGUAAGCGAGGUGCUUAUGAAUUUGUUUUUUUAUAUUAUUUUAAAUUUAUGCGGGAGGCGUCCCACACUGCGGACUCUCCGUGCGUGUGGGCGUUUCUUCAGGCGGCGGCGAGUGUGCGAUCGUGCAGCCCACGCGUUUGUCGGUGCGGCCUCAGUUUUGGAUUGUCGCUGUUGUUUGCGGGGUGCCUGCUGGGGGCGCGGGCGGUGACUAUCGUUGUGUUCUUUUUUUUCUUUUUUUUCCCCGCCUCAAAGGCUCUGCGCCACCACCAAUAA